AUGCCGACCAACAAAGCUGCCUGGCUCACCGAGCCAAAGUCAUAUCCCUUCCAAAUAAAGGAUGCCCCGUUUCCCACGGCUGGACCGGGAGAGGUUGUGAUUAGGAAUGUUGUCACUGCUUUAAAAUACCCAACCAUCCUGGGGGCGGAUGCCGCUGGAUAUAUCGAAGAGGUUGGCGAGGGUGUUACGCAUCUGCAAAAGGGUCAGCGAGUGAUUGGCAAAGCCGCCGCGAAUCUCGUCGCGCCGAUCCCCGAUGACAUGAGCUUUGAGGCGGGAUCAGUACUUCCCCUCGCCAUCGCAACCGCUUCGGUGGGUCUUUACAAGAAGAAGUAUCUCGGCCUGCCGUUACCUGGCUCAACACCAGCACCGACGGGCAAGGCAUUGCUUGUAUGGGGUGGAGCCUCAUCAGUUGGCGGCACGGCGGUGCAGCUUGCGGUUGCCUCGGGAUUGAGGGUUAUCACGACGGCUUCGAAGGCCAACUUUGACAAGGUAAAAGAAUUAGGAGCUGACACCGUUCUCGACUACCACUCUGAAACUAUCGUCGACGAUGCCAUCAGGGUGUUGUCUGGGACGGACCUUGCGGGGGUGUACGAUGCGAUCUCCUCUCAGCGAUCUUUGCAACCCAUCGGCGCUAUUCUGGACAAGCUUGGGCCGCACCAGGUGGUGACGGUGCUACCUGUGGAGGGAAACUUUGGAAAGAAUGCGCUCAUGUCAUUCGAGACGGCCUUUCAAAUCACCGAAAACCCUGAGGAAGUCGGCGAUCCGGUUUGGAGAGAAUUUGUGCCUGGAGCGCUCAAAAACGGUCAGCUGAAGGCGAAACCAGAUCCCGAGGUGGUGGGAAAGGGGCUGGAGUCGAUUCAGGGUGGGCUUGAGCGGCUCAAGAAAGGGGUCUCUGCGACGAAGCUGGUGAUUCAGUAUUGA